AUGGCUGAUACCUGCGUUUCCUCCUCAUAUGGCUCUGCCGCCAGUUUGAGCUCCGUGAACCCGGAAUUUAGCCAAAAAAUAUGGCAGGAACUGCGCCAUCUGAGAAGACCAGACACCCCGUUUCCUAUUGAUACGUGCCGGGUUAAGUCCCAACCGGCGGCCAGGGAGGAUGCCAUCAAGCAGCAAAUCGCAUCUUCAUAUCCGGUGAUCCACGAAAAGACGCUCCAAUUGUACAUCAAGUUCCUGGAACACAAGCUCAAGUUUGGCACCAAAAAGGAACUCAAGUUCUACAAGGGCAUGACCCUCAUGGACUUCGUCCAACGGCUGAUGGCCCGGAGAUGCAUCUGGUUCUACGGAAGCGAGGACGACUACUGCACAAUGAAACGCCAGGUGGGAAUUGGUGGAUUUGAAGGAGUGGCAACAGAGAAUGAGGAGAAAGGACUAACCAUGCACGAGGUGCUCAGCUAUGACGAGAUGAAGCUGGCUGCCCUGAUGUACUUCUCCACCCACACGGAGUUCAUCAACGACGGAUCGAAGAACAAUGCCGGCGGGGUGCCCCUGGACAGGAGCACCAUCGAGCCGGAGGGCGUGAUCAUCGGCCUGAUCGGAGCCCGCUUUGAACGAGCCUAUGUAAUGGAGUACCAGGACAUAAAGAUAACCGCAACACAGAACAUCCUAAGCCGAGGAUAUGGUGACCAGAACUCAACCACCGGACCGACGGAUCUUCGUCGGAUUUGGCGAGAGUUCUAUGAGGAGCCAAAGGACUUCCUUUAUGAUCACUUCAAGGGGAAAGAGGUUGACUCUCAGCGCUUUGAGAAGGUCAACGGGGGCUACUUCGAUCACCAGGUGAUGCGGAAACGGUACAGGAACACCUUUGAGACCCUGCUGCUGGAGGCGCAGGCCAGAGCCACCAGGGUGGGAAAACUGGCCUACGUCCAUGUGAUUCCCGUCGGUCUGGGUGUCUGGAAAGCAGCCAACGGCCAGGAACGCACCUUCUUCGAGGCCUUCGAAGAGGCCCUACGGGGGCUGGGCGAGCGCUUGGACCACAUCGGAGUGGUGCACUUCGCCUGGUUCCACAUCGACCGUGUGGGCGGCCUCUACGAUGGUGCUUUCCUGCCCCUCGAUAAGCAUCCCAAGAGCGGCAUCAAGUUCAAAAACUCGCGUCGGAAUGGCCACGACAAGCUGCCAGAGGACAUGCUUCUGGUGGUCACCUAUGCUUGGGAUGGAAACGCCUUGCCGGGCAAUGAGUUUUGGGCUGGCGUGCUGGCCGGCACUUCAGAUCCUGCCGCUGCCUGUUCCACCUUGAUUACGGAGCUCCAGAAUCCUCACAUCAACAAAGAUUACAUGAAUGCUUCCAAUCUGCAUAUUGCCUCCUUGGAGCACGGCUUGGUCCAUGUUGGGGACUAUGCUAGACUGUUGAGUGCAGGCCAGAAGUGAGAU